GUUUGGUUGCAUAAUUGGAGUAAGACUUUCACGUAACAAAUUAAAAAACAAAUAGAUUUUUUACAAUGGCAGUAAUACAUAUAGGGAUACUUGUUUUAUAUUCAUUGUGCGUUUGUUUAAAAUUUGACGGUGUUCAAGGAAAAUUCCUCGGCGGUACUGUCUCUUGGAUGUUCUUCCAAAACAUGGUAAAAUAUACAUAUCGUCUGGCAUGGGAGAAAGGGACAGGCCCUUGCGGUCCCGGAUGUAACAUCUCGGACGUAGGAAAAGAAGUGUCACACCUUAGUCCGGAGAUUGCAUCACUGAAAUGGGUCGAUGGAAAUGGGACCACCCUCCAUAACGUCAGUUACGUUCUGACGUCAGUCAGUCAAUCCAACUUGAAUGGAUGGGAACAAGAAGAGGCAAUAUUCAAACUCUUCGACCCUCCCUCUUCUAUUCAUGUUAGAAUCGCGCAGAACUGCAUAAGCGUUCUAGAGAUCCCUGUCGAGGACCCUGAUGGAGACAAGGUGAGGUGUCGGUUUUCGGUGCCUAGUGAGUGCGGAGGAGGAUGUACCAAUCUGCCAAGCAAUUCGGUGUUGCUAGACUCAGUGGGUAGCGGUGCUGUGUCAUCGAAUACUUUGCAGUGUAGCGAUGAUCCCUGCCUCAACAACGGGACAUGCGCUGCCACCGCGAGCUCUUUCUCAUGCAAAUGUGUGAAUGUGUCCACACUGAGGACACUGUACCCCUUCACCAGUGAAGUACUCAGACGAACCGCACUAGGCGUGGUAUGA